AUUCUUGGAGUCAACUCGAUUUUCAGGCAUUGACUUCGACAUGUGGCAACCGGUAACCACCAUGUGUCAAACUAUUUAAUAAAAAAAAAUUUAAAAAAAAAAUUAAUAUUUAUUUUUUUCCCAUUUCUUUUCCCUCCAAAACAACUUUUUUUUAACUGAAAUUUUUUGACAAAAAAAAAAGGUCGCAAUUCUUUUCUCUCUCCUCUGCUCCUUCAAACGCCAUUGUUGGUGAAGUUUCAAGGUUGAAGGAAAGUGUUUGAUAUCUCAAAUUGAUUGCCACGAAUUGUUACUCAAGCCUACACGAUUCAGAUUGACAAUGUCCCAUCAAAAAGCGAAAAUGUGUGGUUGUGGGUAUCCCGUUGUUCAAAGAACAUCAUGGACACAUGAGAAUCCGGGGAGGAAAUUUAAAAGUUGCAGAUUCUACAACUUCGGAACUGGGCAAAGGGGAUGUGAUGCAUUUGAUUGGGUUGAUGAAGACAUUCUUGAGUGGCAAAAAGACGUCACUAAUCAUCUUCUUUCAGAAAAGCAGAGGCUUGCAAUGGAGAUGAAAAUAAUUAAGGGAAGAGCUGAAUUCAUGGAACAUGAAAUGAAGAGGUUGAAUGAGGAGCAUGAGAAGAUGAAGGUGAAGUACGAGAAGAUGAGGAAGAUGGCAGAAGGAAGUUCGAAGAUUAAGAAUGAACAUGUCUACAUUCUUAUUUCUCUUUGUGCUAUUGUUUCAGUUGUGGUCAGUGCUUUGUAUGUCAUGGUGUUUGCGUAGAUUAGUUCUAGGUGAAUGCACUGAAAUUACGGGACGAAAUGUAUUAGUGCAAUGACUUUGAUGGUUAAUGAUGAUUAAUAAAGAAUUUCUU